AUGUCGGCACACUCUCUGCAACCACCCUCGGUGAAUGAUAUCGCCAAAACGGCAUCGUUCAAAGCUGUCGACGACCCCAACAAUUUACAGGGAUAUGCGUCCGCACCUGGGGUGAUUGACGAAGUCACUCGCGUGGUCGACCACAAGGCCGAGCGGCGUCUUUGCCGACGGUUCGACUUUCGUCUUCUCCCUGUUUUAGCAAUCAUGUACCUGUUCAAUGCCCUCGACAAAGGCAACUUGGGAAAUGCCGAAACCGCUGGAAUGGCCGACGACCUUCACUUCAAGCCCAAUCAAUACAACCUUCUAUUGUCAAUCUUCUUUAUACCCUUUGUCAUAUUUGCACCCCCUUUCUCGAUGCUCGGGAAGAAGUUCAGUCCUGCUCGAGUGCUACCAAUCCUGAUGUUUUCCUUCGGCUGCUUCACUAUGCUCUCCUCGGCUGCGAACAACUUUGGUGGUCUCUUCGCCAUACGGUGGUUUUUGGGCAUGUCCGAGGCAGCAUUCUUUCCCUUGGUGAUCUAUUACUUGACAACUUUCUACCGACGUGGUGAACUUGCUCGUCGCCUGGCUAUCUUCUAUGCUGCUUCUAACAUCGCCAACGCCUUUUCUGGUUUGAUCGCAUUUGGCGUCUUCCAGAUUAAAGGAUCAAGUAUCCCGAAUUGGCGUUAUCUCUUUAUCAUCGAAGGCGCUGUCACCGUCGUUUGUGCAACCUUUGCUUUCUUCUACCUUCCCAAGAGUGCUGCCGAGGCGAGUUUCCUGUCGGAGGAGGAGAAAGCUCUAGCUUUCCAUCGUAUCCAGGUUGACUCCAGUGCCGUGGUGAACGAGAAGUUCAGCUUGCGGGAAGCUCUUGUGAUUUUCAAGCAUCCGACAACCUAUGUUUUCCUUUGUAUUGAAAUUUGCUUGGGUGUUCCUUUGCAGGGCGUCGCCCUUUUCAUGCCCCAAAUUGUCGCUCGGCUAGGUUACCCGACCGUUAAAACCAACCUCUAUACUGUGGCUCCGAACGUGACAGGCGCAGCUAUGCUUCUUGUCCUGGCCUUUCUCUCCGAUUGGACACGGUUGAGAUCCCCUUUCAUCGUCCUCGGUUUCUUAUUGACUUUUUCCGGAUUCAUGAUCUACGCAUCGAUCGACGAUGUCAAAAGCGAGUUACAGCUGGCCUAUUUCGCCACUUUCAUGAUGACCUGGGGCACAUCAGCCCCUUCGGUAAUGCUAAGUACGUGGUAUAAUAACAAUAUCGCCCACGAAGGCCGCCGUGUACUCCUGACGAGCAUUGGUGUUCCAUUGGCCAAUCUCAUGGGACUAGUCGGCAGUAAUGUCUUCCGCCAGCAAGAUGCGCCCAAAUAUAUGCCCGCGCUGAUUACGGUGUCAGCAUUCGGUGCAACGGGUGCAUGUCUAGCAGGUCUUUUGGCAUUGUAUAUGUUGUUAGAUAACAAGCGACGCGAUCUACGUGACGGGGUCACCAUUCGAGCGAGGGAUAUUCCCACAGAGCGAAUGCGAGAUGGUCCUGCAUCACCCGAGUUCCGCUGGUUUUUGUGA